UUUCCACGUGGUCAACCCGGAAGUUUUUUUUUCCGCAGCGCUUCGUAUGUCAACAUUUUCCUGCCACAUUUUCCUCCAUCUAAAGCAGACUCGUUUGCCGUUAGUGUAGCGUUUUUCCUUCAUAAUUCACCGGCAGACAUGGACCAAGACGUGGGCAGCUUGAAGGCACAGCUAAAGGAGAAAGAAAAGGAGGUGGCUGCUCUGAGGGCCAGACUGGCUCAGAUGGAGAAGAGUCGAGCUUCAGUGCCGGAGCUGCACAGCGACGUGGCGCCGCUCACCCCCCUGACGGCCAAAGCCGCUCUGAGCAAUGAGGACAUCAUGCGCUACAGCAGACAGCUCCUCCUGCCGGAGCUCGGUGUGCAAGGCCAGCUAAACCUGUCCGGGACAUCCGUAUUGGUUGUGGGCUGUGGUGGACUGGGCUGCCCUCUGGCCCAGUAUCUGGCAGCGGCAGGCAUCGGGCGCCUGGGCCUGCUUGACUACGAUGAAGUGGAGCUGAGUAACCUGCACAGGCAGGUGCUGCAUGGGGAAGAGAACCAGGGCCAGGCCAAAGCUCUGUCUGCGUCCCGAGCUGUUAGAAGGCUAAAUUCCACCGUUGACUGCGUUCCCUACCACCUGCAGCUCUCGCCGGAAAACGCUUUGGAGCUCAUUCAACAGUAUCCUCCGGAAGCUAACCUGCCCUGCCGCAGGCUGGGACACCUUGACUUCCCUGACCCCAUGUACGACAUAGUGGCCGAUUGCUCGGACAACGUUCCCACUCGCUACCUGGUGAACGACGCCUGCGUGCUCAGUGGCAAACCUCUGGUUUCGGCAAGCGCUCUGCGAAUGGAGGGACAGCUCACAGUUUAUAACUACGGCGGAGGCCCCUGCUACAGAUGUUUAUACCCAACCCCCCCACCCCCUGAGACAGUGACCAACUGUUCUGAUGGAGGCGUAUUAGGAGUGGUUCCAGGUAUAAUGGGCUGCUUCCAAGCUUUGGAGGUCCUCAAAAUUGCCUCUGGGCGGGGCUGUGCAGCUGCUCGUGUGGCGCCGGGAGACAUGGCCGACAAUUCUCCUGGUGGCCUUUUUUCAGCUUUCGACCUUAACCAGGCGCCGCCAGCUUCCUGCGGUCAGCAGCUCCUGAUGUUUGACGGUCAAGAUGCCCGGUUCAGGUCCAUCCGGCUGCGGCCCAAGCAGCCGGGCUGCGCCGCGUGCGGGGAAAAGCCCAGCGUGACUGGGCUAAUAGACUACGAGGCGUUCUGCGGGUCCGCUGCCACCGAUAAGUGCCAAAAACUAAACCUCCUGUCCAAAGAUCAGAGGAUCACAGCGCAGGAUUAUAAAUCGAUACUGGACAACACGGAGCCGCAUAUCUUGUUGGACGUUCGCCCUCGUGUGGAAGUGGAUAUAUGCCACUUACCCUUCUCUCUCAACAUUCCGCUCUCCAGUUUAGAGGAGAGGAAGAGUGAGCAUCUCCGGUUACUUCAGGGAAGAAUCAGCCAGCUAAAACAGGAGAUGGCAGCUGAGCGGCGGCCGGCAGUUUAUGUGAUCUGUAAACAGGGUAAUGACUCCCAGAAGGCGGUGCAAGUUCUGGAGAAGUUGAGCGGAUCAGAAGUGGACGCUAUCACAGUGAAAGACGUCUGUGGAGGCCUCAUGGCUUGGGCAAAGAACAUAGACCCCACUUUUCCACAGUAUUAAUGCAUUUCUGGUGACUUUUGUAAUUACCAUAAACUUUAGAUCUAAGGUUCAAACUUGUUGAGCCUUUUUUUUUAAUUCUCUGUAUAUUGAACAAUAUUUUUCUUUAAUGUCAUGGAUUGCUCAAUCUCCUGAACUGAGAAUGGAGCAGUUCCUAAUUUUCCUAUUGUUUCACAAUCUACUGUGAUUGGGGUGAUAACUUGACAAACAAUUGUAAUAGCAAAACGAGCCACUCUUCCUGUGUGUUUUGUUCUAAUUCUUAAAGGUCUCCAUGUAUCCCCUUCAUUACACUAUUUUAUACCCAGGAAAGGUCCAGCUGUCCAUCAGUGUAAACAAAUCCCUGCACCAGAAAACACAUAGCCUGUCCUUUAAUGGUUUAUCAAACUCC